CGUCCCCAUUAUGUUCUUAAGUUGGGGACAUACUGUAUAUUGUUCUCCUUUUUUUAUAAUUUUACUGCUACUCCACAGGUGCAGACAGGGAUGCCAUCAAUGAAAGAUAUAAGAGUAUGAGUAGAACACUGUCUGCUAGUAGAUCUCCUCAAGAUAAAAAGAAACUGGAGCAGGUUGUUGCAGCCCACAACCAGCUUCUGCCUCCCCCUCCCUCCUCCAAGACACAACAGAAUAAACAAAACAAUAGGUCAAAUCUGAAGAGUCACCAUUCAUCCUAUAAUGAUAAUGAUUCUGAUGAUGCAAGUUCAGAGGAAGAAUGGAGAGUCCUGUGCCGUAAUGGAGAUGCACGAAAUCACAUUGCAAAAGCAAACCAUGAUCUAACAGGUGCAGAAAAGGAGAGGAAGAAAGCUGAGAAAAGAAGAGCGAAAAAGAAAAGAAGGAAAGAAAAGAAAAAAAUAGAAAAGUUAGAAAAUCAGAUAUUUAAUCAAAAUUCAAAUAAUAAUAAUGAUAAGAGAAAAGGUGAUUCAGCCUCUGAGGAAGAAGAGGAAGAGGAGGAAGAGGAAGAAGAGGAGAUACAAGGGUUAGAUCCCAACUCUGCGUUUGUUGCUACAGCAGCAGCCAAAAAAUUAGGAGGGUAUGGAGCUAUGUCUAAACAUGAGGAAAAAGGGAAGACUCUUAGUAAAUCAGGAAGCCAGGAUGACGAUGGAAGUAAUUCUACUGGUAUUGACCCAGUGGUGCUGCAGUCGAGACAACUGGCAAUCCGUGGCAAUGAGGCGGCUAGUGUAGGACAAUAUUCAGUGGCGGUUAGACUCUUCACAGAUGCCAUCCGCCUUGAUCCAAACGACCACCGUUUCUUCGGAAAUAGAUCUUACUGUUACGAUCAGUUGGGGCAACAUGAGAAAGCUUUAAAAGAUGCAGAGAGAGCAAUAAAGAUAGCACCACAGUGGCCUAAAGGACAUUACAGAAGAGGUACAUCUCUCAAUGGAUUAGGAAAAUACAUAGAUGCCGAAUCUGCCUUCGAGGAGGUGCUACGUUUAGAUAAAGGCUGCCAAGAAGCUAGAGACGAAAUUCAUAAAGUUAGAAUUAUACGUAUUAUUGAAAUGGGAUUUACUGAAAGACAAGCUAACAGUGCUAUUUCUAAAUACAUUAACGUACAGCCUGCCUUGGAUGCCUUGCUGGCUGGAGAGUUCAAAGAAUCAAUGGAAGAUGUUUUUUACUCUGACGAUGAAGAUGAUUUCAGUAAACGUGUCAAAGUACCACAAGCUCCAAAGAGUGUUAAAAUGAAUAUGAGAAUUGGGAGCUUCGGUGACACAUCGCUUGUUACUGGCAGGAAUACUACCACAAAUAUUGGGUAAGUUGUGAUCUUGUUGCUUAUAGGUAUAUUUUAGUAGAUGUAUAUUUUAUUUGUUAUUCAGAAGAACUGUAGAAUGUACCUG